CUUUACCGCCUGUAUUUCACCCCCAUCUUACCUCACCAGAGGAACAGAACUUCAUCAUGCCUCAGCCCAAAACCCUCACUAUUCCCUUCAUCUUGUCUUCGUUGGUAUUUCUGUCGCAUGCCCAGGACCUGGAGGAAACCAUCGUCGGCUGCGAGGCGGUCGGCUGUCCCAUGGACAACUUCGAGCCUCACUGCACCCUGACCAACAUCACCUUCGAGAACAUCGGGCUCGCCCGCAUCCCGGAUGUACCAGAUUCUCUCGACAACUUCUCUAUUGUCAAGGGUGUCAACAUUUCUGGCGCUGGCGCCAAUGACUUCACCUCUGUCUAUUACCUAGGCACUCCAGAGGACGUGUCGCUGGAUGACGUCCAUGGUUGUGCCGUCAUCUUCCAUGACCCGCCUCAAGACAGGUUCGAGCAGGGUGGAUCGCAUACCUGCUCUGAGGUCAUCAGCCAGAGCUGCAUCGACGCCAUUCAAGACCGUGCUGUCAAGGUCGCCGAGGGAAACUUUGACGAUCUGUGCAAGGCGGUCAAGGAAGAUCUGGAAGACAACGAUAUUUCCGAGUGCGAGAACCUCACCGGUGGAGGCAAGGGCAUCGGUCAAAUCUCUUCCAGAGCCCUCUCCAGCCUCGAAAACAUCAACGGCUCUCGCAACUCUACCAGCGACUGUUGGCCCAUACUGCCUAAGUCGGCCAACCUGGCACAGCUUUUCACCGAAGUCGGAGGACUUAAUGCAUCUACUGCCUACCCCGAGCUGAACAGGAUUACCCCGCUGCUAACACUCUUCAUCAAGAGCGACGGUAGCGGCAACGUCGUGGACGAGACGGUCUCGCGACUGACCUGCAUCGCAAUCAACACCACUCAGACCGUGGGCGAAGAAGGCAGCGAUAACGUCGCAUCGCUGUUAAGCGUCAAUACAUUUGUUGUUGGCAGUGCAUUCGCUUCAUUCGUAUUUAUGCUACUGUAG